AUGCUGUUCCUCGCGACAAUCAUCGGCCUCCUGGCCCAGGCCUCCGCCCACGGCGUCGUCAUCUCGCCCGCGACCCGGCAGCCCGGCGCCGCGACCGCGGCCGCCUGCGGCAAGAAGAUGGUGGAUUUCUACAAGGCGGACGGCACGUCGUACCCCGAGGCCUUCCAGCGGACGGCGGGCUGGAGCACGGGCGGUUACAACCCGGCCACUUGCAACAUGUGGCUCUGCAAGGGGUACCAGUUCGCCGACAACGCGGCCCAGGUCCAGAGGUACGCGGCCGGCGCCGAGGUCGCCGUGGCCGUCACCAUCCGCAUCCCGCACAAGGGCUACGCCAACGUGAGCGUCGUGGACACCAAGGCCAACAAGGUCGUCGGGGAGCCGCUGCGUGUCUGGCGCGACGGGUAUGCCGACCCGGCAAAGUUUCCGAACAUGCUUGGGGACCAGGUCAAGUUCAACAUCACGGUGCCGGAUCUUGGGUCAAAGUGCAGCGUGGCUGGCACGUGUGCGAUCCAAUGGCACUGGUUUGGUCAGGGCCAGACAUACCAGUCGUGCAUCGACUUCACUCAGACGCCGUAA